CAAGCAGCCCAACCAACUCCUGUUCUGCCCCUAUUGCAUACCUCAAAACUAUCGCGUCUCAUAUUUAUGGAUAUCCAGCGUCGAUUUCCUGGCGUGCACUGGGUCUGGAGUGGGGGCAUUUCGUCUGUAUAUGAGGUCCGGCCUUCUAUCGUGGUCAAGAUCCCAAAGUCUAGGAAAUCCUCAAGAGAGCAAUUUCACAAAGAACUCAAGAUUUAUGAGGCUUUUGCACGUCAUCCUCUACACCCCUCGAUAGUGCAAUGUUUCUUAUAUACGGACUGUGGUAUUUUUUUCGAAUACAUGAGAGGUACGACUUCCAGGGGCAGUUGCUAUCUCCGUCUUACUGACUAUUAUGAGAUGGGUGUCUGUCUUCCAGGAUACAGGACAAUCACAUUUGGGACCAGACGACUAUGAUAGUUGCUAAAGUGGAGAAGUUGGAGCCUCUUUUACUCCGGAAGCAAUGGAUGAAUGAUCUCGCCCAAGCUGCUUCCUUCCUUGAAUCACUCAACCUAGCUCAUGGUGAUCUACGACCUGAGAAUAUCCUACUUGACCGCAACCGAUUGAAGAUAUCCGAUUUUGACUGUACGGCCGAAAUCGGGACGGAUUUUGAGGCCUGCCUGGCCCCAUAUGGAAGGCUUCUCAAUAGUAACGACACCGUCCACGGUCGACCUGGAGGUUCCGGCCUCUUGGGUCCGCGAACAGAGCAGUUCGCCCUCGGCUCGCUGUAUUAUCUCAUAAACUACGGUUUUGAGGUUUAUGGAGAUGUCUGUUUUACCGAGGAUCCCAAGGAGCAUAGACCCAAGGUUGUAGAGCUACUCCAGAACAUGGAAUUUCCGAAACUGAAUAGUGACCCGUUGAUUGACAACAUCAUCGACAAGUGCUGGCACAAUAAAUAUACCACAGUUUCGGAAUUGGCCGCGCACACAGAGACGCUUUUUAUGCGGCAAAAGAUCAACGACGACGCACCCAAUGGAAGGGAAUCUGAUGGUGAUUACUCUGGCAAUGAAGACCACCUGGAAGAGGAUUUCUCUUCAAAAAGGGCAUUUUGCCAGGAGCUGGAAAAACGCGGGCUCCUCUCCGUGCUCUCUUCAGAUGAACCUGAGCAUCUUGGGUUCACCCUUGAGUGGUAUAGGCACAGCUCUGGAGCAGUAUAGACUUCUGGUAUUGCAUUGGCCGAUAUCAAGUGAUGUUGACGACUUCACUCGGUUUCUGUGUUCGGGGGCCUCCUGUAAAUUAUACUGAGCAGGCAGCAACAUGACUCGUGGCAGUAAUUAACCCCGCACCGACAAACAAUUCGAUUCUCUUCAAUCCAACAACGACCAUGGCGUCAACAGAACCGAGCCAAACCCCCCAAAUAGCAUUCAUAUCUGGCCCACUAGACACAGGUCCAGACAAAAGCUACUUCACAACGCACUACAAACCCCACAUCGACACCGCAAUCUCCCUCGGACACAAUUUCGUCAUCGGACCCAUCACAUCCGGCAUUGACGCCGACGCCUUGGAAUAUCUCCUGGAGUAUCCUAUCUCACCCUCCCGAAUAACAAUUUUUAUGACUUUCGGGGAGGAUAAAGCAUGGGGCGAAGAGUUCCGAGACCAGGGGGUGAAUGUAUAUGUCCUGGAGGAUAUCUCGGC